CAAUAGGCACUAUUUUUUUCAUUCUCAAGUCUCGACUGCCUGGCUAUAAAAUAGCUCCCCACUACACCACUGACCACACUACAUUUCUCUAAACAAAAAAGUACUCACAACUACCAUGGCCUCCUCAGCCACCCCUCAAACCCUCAAAGCUCGUCUAAACAAAGCUAAUGAAGAACCCCUCCACGGUCUCUUCCUCAUUAGCUUCUCUCCCACCCUAGCUGAAAUUGCAGGCCAUGCAGGCUAUGACUUCGUCGUCAUCGACAUGGAACACGGCCAUGGUGGCAUCGCCGAAGCUCUCCCUUGUCUCCAAGCCCUGGCUGCAACUCAAACCCCAGCUAUCCUUAGAAUCCCUGAGUGUUCUGCAGCAUGGGUCAAGAAAGCACUCGACGUAGGCCCACAAGGCAUCAUGAUCCCCAUGAUCGACGACCCUGAGUUGGCCAAGAAUGCCGUCUCCUAUUGUCGGUACCCACCAAAUGGAAUCCGUGGAGCGGCCCACAAUGUUGUGAGAGCCUCCAAGUACGGUAUCGAUGAAGAUUAUAUAAACAAGUGUGAGAAAGAGCUGUUGAUUAUGUGCCAGGUUGAGUCCGUGGAAGCUGUGAAGAAUGUUAAGGAUAUCGUUGCUGUUGAAGGGGUUGAUUGUGUUAUGAUAGGGCCGUUGGAUUUGAGUGCCAGUAUGGGGUGGUUGAGGGAGCCAGUGAACGAGAAAGUGAAGGAGGCAAUGGGGGUGGCUGAAAAGGCAGUGUUGGAUUCUGAGAGUAAAACCUACCUGGCUGGGUUUGCAAUGCCGCCAAAAGAUGGACCUGAUGAGCUUAAGAGACGUGGAUAUCAUAUGGUGUGUGGUAAUGUUGAUGUGGCUUUGUUUAAGAAUGCUGCUCUUGAUGAUGUGAAAAGGUUUAAGAUGAAUUGAUCACAGACUACCUGUUAAACAGGGCCCAAGUUUGUUAUUGAAUAAAUCUAGAUCUACAUUUAAUGUCACAUUUAAUUUCACAACUUAUUGACUUGUGUAAUUAUAAGUGAUGGACAUUUUUUUGUCCUUUAUUGAUUUGUACGAUCUAUCAUUUUUUAUCA